AUGAGGCCAUUGUUUCAUUGUAUUGUUCUUGUUCUGCUUCCCCACGGGUCGGCGGCCGGCUGUGAGGACAAAGUUCCGUUUGUGUGUGAGGCGCUGGGCGGCCACUGCACGUCGUAUUCGCAUUUCCAUGUGUUGCGAAAGUAUUGUCCAAAGACUUGUCAGCAUUGUGAAGAUGAUUGCAAGGAUACUGUUGCGUAAGCGAUUAGAAGGGGCGGGAAAUAUAAUAAUACUAGCCGGGCCAAAAAAUCUUGAGACGUUUCGGCGGGGCUGAGGGGCUUUGCGCAACGAACAAUGAUCACAGUGCGAAUGAAAAACACAUUGUGCAGUUGCAACCAGAGAUUGCCACGGCUCCGGAGCCGGCUCUUGGCUCCGGAGAGCCGGAGCCAAGAGCCGGGGGCCAGAGCCGGAGCCGGAAAUUUUGGGUGUGGCUCCGGCUCCCGAGCCCAACGUCGGAGCCAGGCAUCUCAGCGUUCAGAAAAGUAAAAAUUUCAUGACCUUGUUAAACCAGAUUGCUUAAAAAAUACUGUGAAAGAUGUGUUGCAUACGGCUCGGCUGCAAAAUGUUGUGUGUCACAUCCUUACUUAAAAACGAGACAACCAAGUUUGAUAUCUUUCUAGGGGUUCUCAAAGCUUCCGUUGUAAAUUCGGGCCAGCUUUCCGGGUCCGCAAAUUGCAUUGCAAUUUCAGAUGCGCCGCCGUAAAGAAAGCUGGCGGCUGCGACAAGCACAAGACCCGAUGGGACUGGAGCAUCAUCGAACGAUGGUGCCCUCGGACUUGCGGUCUUUGCAAGGACACUUCAAAGAAACAGAAAGCGGCUGCAACAAAUCCGGACGACUUCUUCAAGGCAAUUGACCAGUUGAUGAAGGGCGCUUUGGGUGGGUUGUUGCCGAAUAAAGGAGGAAGUAAGGCGAAAGGAGAUCAACAAAAGAGUAACAAUGGGAAGGGGAAUAGUGGAGGCGGAAAUAAAGGUGCUGAUAAUGGCAAUGGAAAAAAUGGCAAUGGAAAUGGAAGCGCUAAUAACGGCAAUGGCAAUAAAGGCGCUGAUAAUGGCAACGGCAAAAAUGGCAAGAGCAAUGGGGGCGCUAGUAAUGGUAAUGGAAAUCAAGGCGCUAAAAAUGGCAAUGGGCAAAAUGGCAAUGGUAACAGAGGCGCUGAUAAUGGCAAUGGUCAAAAUGGCAAUAGCAAUGGAGGUGCUAAUAACGGCAAUGGCAAUCAAGGCGCUAACAACGGCAAUAGCCAAAACAGCAAUAGCAAUGGAGGCGCUAUCAAUGGCAGUGGGCAAAAUGGCAACAGCAAUGGAGGUGCCAACAAUGGCAAUGGUCAAAAUGGCAAUGGGCAAAAUAGCAACGGUAAUGGAGGCGCUAAUAAUGGCAAUGGCAAUCAAGGCGCUGACAAUGGCGAUGGUCAAAAUAGCAACGGUCAAAAUGGCAAUAGCAAUGGAGGCGCUAAUAACGGCAAUGGCCAAAAUGGCGAUGGUAAUGGAGGCGCCAAUAAUGGCAAUGACAAUCAAGGCGCUGGCAAUGGCAAUGGUCAAAAUAGCAACGGUCAAAAUGGCAAUAGCAAUGGAGGCGCUAAUAACGGCAAUGGGCAAAAUAGCAACGGUAAUGGAGGUGCUAAUAAUGGCAAUGGCAAUCAAGGCGCUGGCAAUGGCAAUGGUCAAAAUAGCAACGGUCAAAAUGGCAAUAGCAAUGGAGGCUCUAACAAUGGUAAUAGCCAAAAUGGCAAUGGUAAUAGCGGCGCUAGUGAUGACGCAAAAGCGAAGGAGGACGAGAAAAAGAAAAGGGUCGAAGAAUGCGGGAAAUGUAAGUAUACUUUUUGUAGAUAACCUGAACUGAGAACCUGCCGAUUUUUCGGCAGGGCUCCGACUGCGAAGCCUUCUUUGCCCAAAUUUAUCUUACUGGUCUUCUAUCAGUCUGUCGGGAAAUAAUGUGGAUGUGCCGCAACAAAGUGUAUUCCCUCGUUGUCAGUUGCGCACCGAAUCCCCAGCCGCAGCAAAGCGAUAGUGGGACAUUCUAGAGUGCACCAAAUCCACAUUAUUUUCCCGACAGACUGAUUUGGUAUCUUUGUAUGGCUUUUUAGACUAACAGUAACAGUACUCUAGAAGCGGCCCUCAGUAGCUGCCGUUUGCAGAAACGAUCAAGAUUUUAGGCCAAAACUUGGAACAAAUUUGACACUUUUUCGUGAUUUUGGCAUAAAAACUUUCCUAAAAACCUCGCUUUCUAAACUACAGUUCUUAGCUUGCCUGUUUGCUUGUUGACAUAAUCCCUAUCAGUCUUUUUUCAGCCAAAGACACACAAAGCUCGAUUUCUCAUGUCCUUCAGUUGUUAGAUUUUGCCGAGCUGUACAAACAGCUCGGAAAGUGGACAGUUGACGGGUUCAUCUGCAUCAAAGGUGCUUCAUUCGCUCUGAAGCUGAGGAGUGAAGCCUGUCCCGAGGACCCCGAUGGAUGUCUUGUUCUGGACGUUACCGCCGAGAGUCUGCGCGGUGACAAGUCCGCUGAUGAGGCCUCUAUCAAAGUGAACAUUGCGAAUAACGAUGCAGCAAGGAGCUUGGAGAUGAAGAUUGACCGGCUUUUCACCUCAAAGAAGCCAACGGUCAGCGAGAAGCUCGGGAAAAUGAAGGAUAUGGCCAAUAGAGGAUUUGUGAGGGAUAAUAAGGCUGACGUUGCGGUUGAGGUGAAGUAUAAGGAACCAAAUUGGGCUCCGACCGAUGGCAAUAGCGGAGGAGCCAGCAAUGGAGCACCAGCAAAUAAUGGAGGAAGUUCGGAUAGAAAGAGCGACAGGAAUGGCGGUAGUGAUGGCAGGAAGGCAUACGAAAUGAAGCCGUAUACAUGUGACCCAUAUAAUGGAUGCUACUGCGCAGCACCUUAUUCAUAUCCCUACAACAGCGGAUGCAUCACCGAGGAGGCGUAUCGAGAAAUCAUGCGCGCCUACGGCUAUUACGUUUGA